AUGGAGUAUUCCAGUAAAGUAGUGUCCACGAUUAACUAUCCCAGUAAAGUAGUGUCCACGAUGGAGUAUCCCUGUAAAGUAGUGUCCGUGAUGAAGUAUCCCAGUAAAGUAGUGUCCACGAUGAAGUAUCCCAGUAAAGUAGAGUCCACGAUGGAGUAUCCCAGUAAAGUAGUGCCCACGAUGGAGUAUCCCAGUAAAGUAGUGUCCACGAUGAAGUAUCCCAGUAAAGUAGUGUCCGUGAUGAAGUAUCCCAGUAAAGUAGAGUCCACGAUGGACUAUCCCAGUAAAGUAGUGUCCACGAUGAAGUAUCCCAGUAAAGUAGUGUCCACGAUGAAGUAUCCCAGUAAAGUAGUGUCCGUGAUGAAGUAUUCCAGUAAAGUAGUGUCCACGAUGGAGUAUCCCAGUAAAGUAGUGUCCACGAUGAAGUAUCCCAGUAAAGUAGUGUCCGUGAUGAAGUAUCCCAGUAAAGUAGAGUCCACGAUGGAGUAUCCCAGUAAAGUAGUGCCCACGAUGGAGUAUCCCAGUAAAGUAGUGUCCACGAUGGAGUAUCCCAGUAAAGUAGUGUCCACAAUGGAGUAUGCCAGUAAAGUAGUCCACGAUGAAAUAUCCCAGUAA